CUCCUCACUAGAAUCGUCUCUCAAACAGAUUCGCAGCGAAAAAAUCAGCGGUGGGGGAAAAUGGCUCUAUCACGCCGCCUAACAUCGCGAUCUACCCUCAUCUCCCAUCCCCUCUCCGCCGCCUUCAACCGUUUCAUCUCAACCGACACCACACCCAUCACAAUCGAGACCUCCCUCCCUUUCACCGCCCACCUAUGCGACCCUCCCUCCCGCUCCGUCGAAUCCUCCACCCAGGAGCUCCUCUCCUUCUUCCGCACCAUGGCCCUGAUGCGCCGCAUGGAGAUCGCGGCCGAUUCGCUCUACAAGGCGAAGCUGAUCCGAGGCUUCUGCCACCUGUACGACGGCCAGGAGGCCGUGGCCAUCGGGAUGGAGGCGGCGAUCACGAAGAAGGACGCCAUCAUCACGGCGUACCGCGACCACUGCAUCUUCUUAGGGCGAGGGGGUUCGCUGUACGAGGUGUUCGCUGAGCUGAUGGGGAGGCGGGACGGGUGCUCGAGAGGGAAAGGUGGAUCGAUGCAUUUCUAUAAGAAGGAUUCGUCGUUUUACGGAGGGCAUGGGAUCGUUGGUGCUCAGGUUCCGUUAGGGUGUGGGAUCGCUUUCGCGCAGAAGUAUGGGAAGGAGGAGGCUGUUACGUUUGCUAUGUAUGGCGAUGGUGCUGCCAAUCAGGGGCAGCUUUUUGAGGCUUUGAAUAUCUCUGCUCUUUGGGAUUUGCCUUCCAUUCUCGUCUGCGAGAACAAUCACUAUGGGAUGGGAACUGCUGAGUGGAGAGCUGCCAAGAGCCCAUCUUACUACAAGCGUGGUGAUUACGUUCCUGGUUUGAAGGUAGAUGGUAUGGAUGCAUUUGCUGUCAAACAAGCGUGCAAAUUUGCUAAGGAACAUGCUUUGAAGAAUGGACCAAUAAUUCUGGAGAUGGACACAUACAGGUACCACGGUCACUCCAUGUCUGACCCUGGGAGCACAUACCGUACAAGAGAUGAGAUAUCUGGUGUGAGACAGGAACGAGAUCCAAUUGAGAGAAUAAAGAAGCUGGUGCUAUCUCAUGACCUAGCAACCGAGAAGGAGCUUAAGGAUAUGGAGAAGGAAAUUAGAAAAGAAGUAGAUGACGCCAUUGCCAAAGCUAAGGAUUGCCCAAUGCCAGAACCUUCUGAGCUUUUCACCAAUGUGUACGUGAAGGGAUUUGGCACUGAGUCAUUUGGAGCUGACAGAAAAGAAGUCAAAGCCGCGCUUCCAUGAAGCUCUUGUUCGUUAAACUGCCACGUGGCAUGACCAAGUUCUUUGAUAGGAAGCCAUGAAAUAAUAAAGAGGCUCUUUGGGCAGAGUGUUGUGUGCUCUGUUCAAGGCCGUUGCGAGUUUUAUUGUCCAAGUAUCCUUUUCUUAGAGUGAAACAUAUGACUUUUGUGUUUUGUAUCUAAGUUUGCUUCUGAUUGUUUUCAAUACAGAUGAACAGCUUCCGAUUGUUCUAUCUCAGGAUUCAUAUUCAAGCA